AUGGAGGAGUUUAAUUCUUGGAUACACUCUUGCGGAUUAUUGGAGUUACAAUUCUUGGGUAAAAGUUUUUCAUGGUGUAGUGGGCAUGCCAGUCGGUCUCGUAGUUGGGCUCGUUUGGAUCGUUCUUUGGUAGAUCAGAUUUUUUUGGAUGCAUUUCCGGAUUCAGUUAUGAGAUAUUUUCCUCAAACCUCUUCUGGCCAUGCUCCUAUGAUCAUUUCUCUGGUGAAGAAUGUCGAAGUGUGUGGGCCGGCACCAUUCUGUUUUCAACAAAUAUGGGUAGAUCAUGCUGAUUUUACCAGAUGCGUGCGAGAUGCUUGGGAACAAUCUGAAGUCAGCAAUGGUCUCCUGAAACUUGAGGCAAAAUUAAAAAAGGUGAAAGUAGCUCUGAAAAUUUGGAACAAGUCAGUUUUUAGAUGGACGAGUGGGCAUAUUCAAGAGUUGGAGAAUCGUAUUGAGGGGCUAGAAGGUCAGUUGCAGAUGCGGUAUGAUGAAGAGACGGAGCUCGAUCUGUUCGCUUAA